CAUUGUAGCGCACACUCUGAAAGUUGACUACCACAGACGAUGGUAGAAGAGAAUUUGAGUCUAGAAAACGAGUUUGCAACAAGUACAUCACUCCAUGGAUUGCAAUACAUUUCCACGAGUAAACGGUUCAUCUUUAAACUACUCUGGGCAUUGAUUUUCCUGACUGGAUUUGGUUUGUGUUUAUGGCAAAUCAGUCUACGCAUUCAAGAGUAUUUGUUGUUCAACGUAAACACAGAAGUUAACCUGACGUUCGUCGAUGAACUGGAGUUUCCUGCCCUCACUAUCUGCAACUUCAACAGGUAUCGAAAUUCCUACCUCACUGGUAAUGAUCCGGUUAUGAUGAAAUAUCUACAGGAUGCCAUGGACUACGACUACUUCUCUGAGUCUUCAUAUAGCUCUUCAUACACGUCUAGCUUUAAGUAUGAUAGUAAUUUCACAGAUGGAAACUUUAGUACGUCUGAAUUCACAAACAGAACUGGAUUUCAACUCAAUAACGAAACCAUUUUAAGUUGCAAAUGGAGUCGUGUGGCGGUCAGAACGUAUCUUUUUUUAUAUUCUAUCCUCAAACUUUGGUUGUGCAUAAAUACCACAUUUUUAACAUUGCAGAAUUUUACCCAUCUAUUUACGUCAUUUGGUAACUGCUUCACGUUCAACUCUGGCAAAUAUAGUGAUGUAUUGAAAGUCAGACAGCCGGGAGCAGGAAAUGCCCUUCAGCUGAUGAUUGACAUUCAACAAGACGAAUACACCGAGUCGCCUAAUGGUACCAUUGAGGCCGGCUUGAAGAUAUUAGUACAUCCGCAAAACGAACCGCCAUUGAUAGAAUCCAAAGGUUUAGCAGUUGCUCCAGGUGUGCACGCAUACGUCUCAACACGUAGAAUUGAGGUAGAAACAUUAGGUAAACCCCACGGCAAUUGUGACAAGUCUCUGAGGCUUAAGAACUACGAAAUAUACACAAUGGCUGGGUGUUUACUCGAGUGCCGGCAUAAACACAUCGUCAAUGAGUGUGGUUGCAGACCUAUUCGAUACCCAGGUGAUGAGCCAGAAUGUACCCCAAAGGAAACAGAGAGCUGUGCGUCUGAUGUGCUCAAGAAACUGAAAAACGGAGUUCUAGAAGAAUGCGAGUGUCCAGUUCCGUGUGCGCACACGUCGUUCUCAACGUCCGUCACGUAUGCUGCCAUUCCAAACCUAUCCGUUGAAAAUGAACUGAGCUCUUUUAAUGGAACUUCUGCAGCAUACUUCUCGAAGAAUUAUAUCUUGCUGGAUGUAUAUUAUGAAGAGUUGAACUUGCAAGUCUUCAAACAAACUCCAGCAAUGACGUUCUCAGCUCUUCUUAGUGACAUUGGAGGUCAAUUGGGUCUGUUUAUUGGUGGAAGUGUCAUCACUCUCUUUGAAGUUGGUCAGUACUUUUCCAUGAAGGGUCUUUCUGUUUGCUGUAACACAAGCAGGUGUACCAAAAGUAAAUCGCAUCCAAAUAGUUUUGGUGUAUCUGGCCCAGCAUCGGUCGACAUCAAUGGUGCUUUGGGUAACGAUGACAUAUUGCAAAUGAUCUGACCAUAGCACGUAUUAAUAUUUCUAAGGGCAACCACCGCAAACAUCCUGCCAAUGGAGUAUCAGUCAAACUUAACAAAUGACUAUCAAUUCUGUUAUUAAUUGGAAUCACCUUUGAGAAAGAAAGUUUACAAUUUUAAACAAAACAUCAGAAAUAUAUUUUAAACUACAGGUAUUAAAUUAAAGAGUAUUUUGUUCAUGUGGAUGUUUGCCACCCGGCCCGUUGCCACCCGGCCCGUUGCCACCCGGCCUUUUGCCACCAGGCCCGUUGCUACCCAUUGUUGUAUAGCAGGCCUAUGCGUUGUAUUCGCAGAAAUUUUACUCUCGGGAUUUUUGCCAAACUAUGUGUACUGAAUGAUGAAUGGA